AUGAGUACGUUUUCUGACAAUAAAAAGCCACAUGCUGUGUUGAUUCCAUACCCAGCUCAAGGCCAUAUCAAUCCAUUGUUCAAACUAGCAAAACUUCUUCACUUUAGAGGCUUUCACAUAACUUUUGUCAACACUGAAUACAAUCACAAACGCUUGCAAAAAUCGAGAGGUUCCAAUGCUCUUGAUGGUUUCACUGAUUUUUGCUUCGAGACUCUUCGAGAUGGUUUAACUCCAACGGAAGGCGAUGAUGGUGAUGUUACUCAAGACAUACCUUCGCUUUGUAAAUCAAUCAUGAACAACUUCCACCAGUCCUUUGGUGAACUUCUUGCUAGACUUCACGACUCUUCCAUUGCUGGUCUUGUUCCACCAGUUACAUGCUUAGUUUCUGAUUGUUGCAUGCCAUUUACCAUACAAGCUGCUGAACAACAUGCACUCCCAAUCCUUCUCUUUUUCCCAGCAAGUGCGUGCGCCUUGUUAUCUAUUUUGCACUCUCGUACAUUGAUUGAGAAAGGUCUAAUACCACUCAAAGAUGAGAGUUAUUUGAGAAAUGGAUAUUUAGACACCAAAGUAGAUUGUAUUCCAGGAUUGUACAACUUACGACUAAAGGAUCUACCUGACUUUAUUAGAACAACAGAUCCAAAUGAUAUCAUGUUACAAUUCUUAAUCCAUGUGGCAGAUAGAGUUCAUAGAGACUCUACUAUCAUUUUAAAUACUUUUGAUGAACUUGAGAGUGAUGUGCUGCAAGCUCUAUGUUCUAUGGUUCCUUCUCUAUAUAACAUUGGACCAUUACCUUCAUUAUUAAAUCAAAUUGGGCCUAAUCACUUAGCAUCUUUAGGUUCUAAUCUUUGGAAAGAAGAUACCAAUUGUCUUGAUUGGCUUGAAUUAAAGGAACCUGAGUCUGUUGUUUAUGUGAAUUUUGGAAGCAUUACAGUUAUGACUCCAGAGCAACUGUUGGAGUUUGCUUGGGGUUUGGCCAACAGCAAGAAACCUUUUUUGUGGAUCAUUAGGCCUGAUCUUGUAAUUGGUGGCUCAGUGAUUUUGUCAUCUGAAUUUGUCAAUAAAAUUUCAAAUAGAGGUCUAAUAUCAAGUUGGUGUCCACAAGAAAAAGUGUUGAACCAUCCUUCAAUUGGUGGAUUUUUGACUCAUUGUGGAUGGAACUCAGCCACUGAAAGCAUAUGUGCUGGAGUGCCAAUGUUGUGUUGGCCAUUUUUUGCUGAUCAACCAACAAACUGUAAAUUUAUCUGUAAUACAUGGGACAUUGGUAUUGAAAUUGAUACAAAUGUUAAGAGAGAGAACGUUGAAAAGCUUAUCAAUGAAUUAAUGUCAGGAGAUAAAGGAAAGAAGAUGAGGCAAAAUGUCACGGAGUUGAAGAGUAAGGCAUAUGAAAACACUGGUCCUGGUGGUUGUUCAUACAUGAACUUGGACAAGGUUAUUAAGGAGGUAAUGCUUAAAAAAUAA